AUGGCCACCACGUCGAAGUUGUCGUUUCGUGCCAGAAAUCUCGAUGCCAACAAAGGAAUGUGUGUGUUCUUCGCCGCAGAACUCCCGGAUCUGUCCGAAUGUGCUCCAAUUGCUCGGGCAGUGGCUCAGAUGCCGACCGGUAUGGAGAAGGAGGAGGAGAUGGAGUCUCACCUUCAAGAUGCGAUCCUCGCUCAACAGGCGAGCACCUCCGGAGUUCGUGUCGAUAAUCAUGUCAUUCCGACCCCGAAAGUAUUCCCUGUUGAUCCCAAACGCUAUGACGAGAUAUAUCCGGUUCAGCCUCCUCCUCCAAAGAAUAGCCUCAUCAAAGUGCAAGCUUGGUUGGCUCUUGACAAAGAGGAAGCUGAGUACGACGUCGAUUCUGAGGACGAGCGCUGGCUCGCUGAGAGGCCACAUAUUGAUCCGAGGGCUUUAGAGCGAAUAUUUGAUACGCUUGAAGCGAAAUCUUCUGAUAACAAUAUUUGCUUGCCUGAUACAGCAAGAUCGGCUCUUUUAGCGUUCGACGGCGCCGUCGUUGAUGAUGUGUAUGACUACUGGCUGUCGAAACGAGGACAAAGCUCAGCCGUAAGGUCACUGCAACUGGGGGACCAACAAGGUGGAGUGAACCCGUACGUGGCCUUUAGAAGACGGGCUGAGAAGAUGCAAACGCGAAAGAACAGGAAAAAUGAUGAGGAUUCCUACGAGAAGGUACUCAAACUAGGCCACGAUCUCCGAAAGACCGUUACACUGUUCGAUAUGGUGAAGAGGCGAGAGAAGACGAAAAUAGCGCUGAUAGAUCUUGAUUCGGAAAUUCUUGCUCACCGAAUGGGAUUACUCGAUUUUGGAUCAAAUAUUUAUAACCAGUUUAUUGCCAAGAUCAGAGAGUCUACUAAACUUUCAUCGAGCGGAGUUGCGAAUGGUGUCGCGAAGUCUGAGGAUGACGCUUUAUUAAAGAAAAAAGCAAAACGGCGGAAGAUUCGAACGGUUGCUGCCAGUGUUGAUCGUGAGGUUCCAAGCAAGGCAUGGCUGAAAAAGAAUGCUGAAGUUUGGAAUCGCCCUCCCUCUGUUUUCGCACCAUCUGGCGUUUCACCGGUUGCUGAAGUUGAUCUAUCAGCGGCUUCUGAAGAGGAUCGGGACGGCCCAUUCGUUUUCAAGCGACGGAGGGGAUGCCUGUACCGAGGCCCUAUUCUUGCGGAUAGCAAUCCGCUUGAGGACCACUUGCCUUCAAAGAUCCCCAAGUCGAGGCAUUUGUACGAGACGUAUCUUCCCCGUUGCGACGGUGUUAUUCGUCGGAUUGGUUUGGCGCGUCGAAGGCUUGGAAGGGGAGGACGGGUGUUGUUUGACCGGUUUCAAUGUUGGGAUGUUCCUCGCGUUCCCAGCCCCAGUGAUCCUUUCUCCGACGAUUUUCUUCAGAAUGCUUCAGUGUCUUUCCACGCUCGUCUUCAUUCUCGGCAGGAUCAAUGCGAUGUGCAUCCCAAACGAGUUCCUUCUUGGAGCCGUGCCGCAGAAGAGGACUGUGAGCGGCGAUGGUUGGCAAGUGGUGAUAACCCUCCUGAUGCUAAAAGUCCUGAACAGGAUGUCGGCUCAGAUAGUAAUCACAUGCCCAUCGCAAGGAUAUCAUCCGAUCCUCCCGUUACUACUCAGUCGGGAAACGGAUUAGCGGGCAGAGUGGACCCAUCGACCCUCAUUUCGACUAAGGAGUAUGGAGCUGUACCAGCAUCAGAUGAGUGGCGAGAGGCUAGUGGGUCGCCAUCGGAGUCGAAUUCCUCUACGGAUUGGGUUUCUCCGCCUAUGGCUACCCAAAUUUAUCCCGCUUUGUCAAGCGAGGAGGAAGCCCGAACUGGUGAUCAUCCGAUCGCAAAGCAGCCACCUGUUAAUGUUAAAGGGUCUGUGGUGGGUGCGACCGAGAUCGAGUACCGUAGUCCAUUCCUCCUGGCGCCUCCUACGGUUGGCAGCUAG